UCCCCGCUGUCCCGGCCAAAGCUCCUCAUCCCGCCCCUCGUUUUCCCGCGGCAGCAACAUCGUAUCCCACUCGGUAUCCUCGAGAAGACCCGGGUAGGCAUCCGACGCAAUGGACGGCGAAAAGGAGAUUGCCCAUCAGGUGGAGCAAUCCCAGAUCAACACGUCGUCCAAGGAUGGCGAGCUGUCGGACGCCAGCGUGCCCGGCUCCUCGGAGCUCGAGUGGUCUGAUGAGGAAGAGAGGGCGAUCCGGCGCAAGAUUGACUGGCACACGGUGCCGCUGGUGACGCUGCUGUACAUGCUCACCUUCCUCGACCGCAUCAACAUCGGCAACGCGCGCAUCCAGGGCCUGGCCGCCGACCUCGACAUGCUCGUCGGCGUGCGCUUCAACUGGGCGCUCUCCAUCUUCUACAUCGUCUACCUGCUCGUCGAGGUGCCCAGCAACAUCCUGCUCAAGCGCAUCGGCGGCCGCUUCUACCUGCCGCUGCUCGUCUGCGGCUUCGGGCUCGUGUCGCUGUGCACCGCCUUCGUGCGCAACUUCCAGGGCCUGAUGGUCGCGCGCGUCUUCCUGGGCAUCUUCGAGGGCGGCGCCAUGCCGGGCAUGGCCUUCUACCUCAGCUGCUUCUACAAGCGCAACGAGCUGCUGUUCCGCAUGGGCAUCUACGUCUCGGCCGCGUCCAUCGCCGGCGCGUUCGGCGGCCUGCUGGCCACCGGCCUGUCGCGGGUGCCCGAGUGGGGGGCGGCGUCGGCGCGCAUCCACACGUGGCGCAACAUCUUCUUCUUCGAGGGCCUCGUCACCAUGCUCGUCGGCCUGGCGGCGCCCGUGUGGCUGCCGACGACGCCGGCGGACGCCUACUUCCUAACGCCGCGCCAGCGGCGCAUCGCCGCCGAGCGCCUCGCCCGCGAGCACAAGGCCGACCCGGCCGAGAAGGUCACCUGGGAGGACGUGCGGCGGGGCAUCUUCUGCAUCCACAACUACACGUGUGCGCUCGGCUUCUUCCUCAUCAACAUCACCGUGCAGGGCCUGUCGGUGUUCAUGCCCACCAUCCUCAACGACCUCGGCUGGACCAACACCGACGCGCAGCUCUACUCGGUGCCGCCCUACGUGGCCGCGUGCCUGGUGGCCAUCGCCGUGGCCUACCUCAGCGACAAGACGCACCAGCGCGGCGUCUGGCUGGCCGCCUUUUCGUGCCUGGCCAUCGUGGGCUUCGCCAUCCUACGAUGGGUCGAGAGGCCCAACCUCCGCUACAUGGCCGUGUACUUUGUCACCGUGGGCGCCUUUCCCGGCGGGCCGGGCUUCCUCAGCUGGGCCAUGAACAAUUCAGCCGGCCCCGCCGUCCGCGCGGUAACCUCGGGCUAUGUGGUAACACUGGGCACCAUCGGCGGCAUCGUGGCGACAUGGACCUACGUGCAGGGCGACGCGCCCAAGUACUACACGGGCCACACGAUCAACCUGGGCGGGCAGAUCGCCGUCGUCGCGCUGACGCUGUUCGGCAUCCUGUACUGCGCGCACGAGAACCGCGCGCGCGCCGCCGGCAGGCGCGACCACCGCCUCGACGGCCUGUCCGAGCGGGAGCAGCAGCGGCUCGGGAGCAGGCACCCGGUGUUUCGGUACUGGAUUUGAUGUUUCCGUGUUGGAACUCUUCUGUCUGAUUUGGGGGUUGUGGGAAGAAAGGUUAAGCGGGUCCAGUGCUAUUGUCGGCUGGUUGCCUCUUUGCCAGGGUUUCAAAG